GCAAUCAUUUAUUUAUCUUUCAUCCCAUUGUAAAAAACACACCCAAACCAAGUCAAAAUUCGAGCUGGUGAGAUGGGCGAACCCAUCUCGGGUCGCUUUGCCCGCUGCCUGUACAACAGUUUCCUUCUGUGCACGGCCCUGGGAGCGGUGCAGCAACUGCAGCCAGAGGAGCACCCCUUCGCCUAUGCGGCCUGCGCGGUGGGCGUUGUGGUGUCAGGGCUCGGCCUGCUGCGUGUCAUCUUCGCCAGCGGCAAGCCGAACGAGUGCCGACGGUUGCGCGACGUGUGCCAUGGGUUGCUGGAGCUGGCUCCGCUGCCGCUGGUCAAUAUGGAACUGUACAUGCAAUCCACGGGCAUGUUGAGUGCCGUUACCCUGGGCCAUGCCUGCUUUGUGCUCCCCCUGUGCUUCGAUCUGUGCUGUUCGCUUUUCAAGGGUCGCCAAGACUGCGACACGGCCGAUAGUCUGCGUAGUCUUACGAUACUCGGGAACAUUGUGUCCUUGGGCUUUCUGGGCAUAAUGGAGGGAAACUUCUUCUAUAUCCGCAUGAUGCUGGUGAUGCUUGCGGUGCGUUAUGGUGGAGUGCUGAUGGACAGCAUGCAGGAGGAAGUCAGCGAGGAUCUGCAGCUAUGCGGCACGGCGCUGCUCGUUCACCUGCUCGGCAAGGCCCUCGAAGCGAAGUGAGUAACCCUCUGACUGGAGGUUAACUAUGCUCAGGACUUGCGGUCGCCUCGUCCUACGCUUCAAGGGUUUCUGCAUUUAAUUUUCCAUGAAUUCGACUUUGGCCUUUCUUUUUCUGCAGUAUUAAAUUUCAUUUGUCGGCUUUUCAAUUGCU